UACGUAUUCGCGUUGUCUGCUUAUCUGCUCGCCCACAAGCCUACUUUGCUCGCGGGCUCGCGGAUCCGAGCGGAUAGAGGGUCUCUUCCGUCUUCGACUCGUCGCGCGCUGACACACUCUCUCGUGGCUCUCGUCGACGGUCGAAUGCGUCGCCUUGACAGCGUGUCGUUCGCUGCACUUUUUUGUUUACCCGCCCGAUGAUUGGCGACGCUCGUCGAGAUCGUCGUCGCGAUAUGAGCGCGUGGCCACGGCCGCGGCCGGUGGUGGCAGCUGUCACGGGGAUGUCGGAGUCGGAGGCAGGAGGACACUGCGGCCAGCGGGCGACGGGACACCGCGCGGACGUCGAGCGCUAAUCGGGCUACUAUCCCCAUGCUUGGCAGCGAUUUUCUUGCAACCACUUUAAAACUCUAUCUACGAAGUGACGCUUACAGAACCACCCCUCGAGCAUGGGCUCGAGCAGAAGAUCUGGCUCCGGCGGGAGCCGAGCGAACGCCGGCGUUCUCAAAGAGCGUGCCAACAUGUCGUUCAUGCUGGUCGUCAUGUUCUUCGCCGUGUUCGCUCUGAUCGUCCUCACGGAGAUAUUCCUGAUCGACGAGAGGCGCGGCGUGAGCAUCAGCGGCACCGGCGUACUCGGGGGUCACAGGAGCGGUCAUCGAUUGCCAGCUGCGCCCGAUCGUCCAGAUUACGGAGAAAUAGGAGCUGAAGAUUACGCCGGUUUGAAGGGUAGUUUUGAUGAGCACGUCGGGUUGCUGGUACGCGGGGAGAAUGGUGGCCAGAAGACGGUAAUUCACCCGGAUCCGCGCGGCUUACCGAGCUUACCACCUAGCUUGGAAGCUCAUUUACCGCAGUUGGAUCAAAACCUAAAAGUCACACAUGCCGAAUGGUUACCAGUCACUAAUACGAGGUUCAAAUUUUUCGUUUAUUCGGCAUAUUUCGACAACAGAGUUAGCGGCGCGGGUACGCCGGCUGGCAAGAGUCAGGGUGUAGUACGUGUGAUUAGCGCUACUAAAACCAGAGGACCGGAGCGUGUCUGGUGUAGGCUCUGGUACCGACAGCAAAACGGCGCAAACGUCACUGCCUCGGUAACAGUAGCUGCCAAAGUUAAGGUAAUUCGAGAGAAUUGGAAUCUCAAGUAUAGUGCCUGCUUCGUAAUAUGUCCGUUGCCUAAAGAGUCCCCGACGACGGAUCAGGUGCCGGAAGCAGUCAGCGUCGUGGCAAGACUGCGAGCGGUUCCGACGAAUCGCAUCCUCAUACAAAAUCGUUUCGAGAGCAGGACGAACGACAAGGAGGCUUUAGCUAUUUGCGUCAAACCUUUACACUAUUACUACAAUAGGGUUUUGCAAUUGGUGGAAUUUAUCGAGUUGCACAGACUCCUGGGCGCUACCCACGUCACUUUGUAUAACGACACUGUAGGCGCAGCAGCCGGUUGUGCGCUAAAAUAUUACGAGAACAAGGAUCUGGUUACAGUGCUACCGUGGCAUCAUCUCGACAUGAUUUCCCAGCGGGAAAUUCGCACGGAGGGUCUCUUCGCGGCGCUUAACGAUUGCCUCUACCGAUCUAUGUACAAGUACGAAUAUGUGGCGCUCGUAGACCUCGACGAGUAUAUUAUACCAAGGCAUAACAACACCAUAAUAGAUCUUCUACGAUGGAUGGGAAAUCGAAUUAACAUCAAGUCCACGGGCGCAUUUUCCUUUCAAAACGCCUUUUUCUAUCUACAAUGGGCCGACGAUCCAUUCGUGGCGACCAGCCGUACUCCUACCGAGGCUGGUUUAAUCACUCUAAAAAAAACACGACGCCGCACCAAAUUGCAUCCACACAAACAACGCUCUAAAUACAUUUGUAAACCGCAAGACGUGGUGGAGGCGGGCAACCAUUUCGUCUGGGAAUUUAUUCCGGGUCAUGGAACCUUGAACGUACCCUCCGAUGCCGCCAUCCUGCACCAUUAUCGUGUCUGCGAAUUUGGCGGCGACGACUGCAUCAAGACACAAUCGACGGUCGACAGAACGGCCUACAAAUACAGAGAACGACUCGCCACGAAUGUCGACAAAACGUGGACGGAACUGCGCGCCGAAUGCUCACUUCCGGAGCUUGAUCCGGUCCCGGCGUUAACACCACGAAUCAAAGCCAAUCCACCCAGCAAGCCGGUCAGGUAGCGAAAAACCAUUGUUGAGAUCCUGUGGGACAUUGGCAAUUUCACCGGUACUCCGAAAGUCGCGAGGACCUAUUUCUACAAUUACGGCGGACCUUAGUCUUCUCAAACUGAGCUAGGCAAACCCCCGUCUUUUUUUAUGAAACUCUCAACUCGGAACGUGUUUUUAAAUUUGCGAAACUGGAGAAUACGCUUACCAACGAGAUAAUAGAGAUUAUCGUGAGAAAAAGAAGAAACGAGACGCGAAUUAAUCAUAUUUUUCUACGUGUGACGGAUCCUUGAAUGAUUAGCGAAAUCUGAAGACAACCUGCCAAGUCUAUUGAAUUUGACACUACACGGUGGUGGUGCUUCUCUCUUACUGUUUUAUACGGACUCUUGUAUCUGUAUCUCAUAAUUCUUUUGUUCGUGCAGCGCAAGUGUGAUUGUCUGCGGCACAAAUUGUAUUAUCGUUAAGAAAGAUUGUUACGGAAGGCCUAAAUCGCGGGCUAAAAGAAAGCAGUUGGUGAUAAACAACACGAGCAACACUAGAUAUUAUUCCUAUUGUACCGUUAUAUUUCGAGGGUAAACCUUUUUUUUAGAUACUUGUAAAUUCACACAAAAUGUAUCUUAUGCAUAUCUAUAGAAUCAAUAAUUAGCAUAGUGAUAUAUGUAUAAUAUGUAUUUAGGACUGUUAGAGAUUAAAUCUGCAGAGACAGCCUAGAGAAUACAAUACAUGAUCUCGAGAAAACUCGAGAAUUACUUCAGAUGCAGUCCAUCGAAAAUUUUGCAGUCAUUGAAAUCUAACUUUGAAAAAACUACAAACUUAUUUGGACACAUAGACAUCCGUUAGUACACUUCACAGUUUUAUACAUUUGACUUGACUCAAGUAAAUUUGUUUGUUUUUACUUUCGUAUAACAUAUCUUUUUAUACAUCCAUACACAAAAGUAUAAAAAGUAAAUGGCUUUGUGAUACAAUAAUUGUUGUGCAAUUCGUCCGCGUUUGCAAUCGUCUCUAGUCGAGAAACUCUAUCAAAAAUGUCACAUAGCGUAAGAUGAAUUUUUUUAUAUACAUAAGUAACGUUUUUUGAAAAAGAGAUAUGAAUUUUGCCGCAUAAAAUUCUAUGAUUAUUUAAAAAUAAACAUCGAAAAUUUCAAUUGACAUAUAUAUGUACAAACAAACAGAUCGACAAUGAGAAUGAAAUUGCACAAGAGAAUUUAAUAAAAAGAUAAGUUGCAAUUGUGUGUCAAAUAAAUACAAUUUACGUAAUGUUAAAAAAGAGAUUUUUGGUAAAAACACACUGAAUCGGUACUCUUCGUAAUAUACCGAAUGUUGUGACAGAUGAACGUAGCAAAGUCUUUCUAUUUGUUUAUUAAUACAAAGAAUUGUUUCUUACGCACACGCAAGUUUAUGUAUAUAUGUGUAUACACGCAUGUGUACGUACAUGUGACACGUACAUGACAUGUAAACUAGUCGUAAGGUAAUACAUGUGAUCAAUGCUGAGCUACAGUCGACAAUGUGUCGACAUUGAUUAUGUUGACGAAAUUAAUAAAUAUGACUACUAGGACAAUA